CGGCGGCGGCAGAGGCGGCAGCGCUCGCCAUUGCCGCUGGUGGCAGGAGGCUGCGAGGAGCCGGCGCGGUCGCAGUCUCCACGGCGCAGGCCCACGGUAGCGCAGCCGCUCUGAGUAGCUAUUCAUGGAGGAGCACGGAGUGACACAAACUGAACACAUGGCUACCAUAGAAGCCCAUGCAGUGGCCCAGCAAGUACAGCAGGUCCAUGUGGCCACUUACACUGAGCACAGUAUGCUGAGUGCUGAUGAAGACUCACCUUCUUCCCCCGAGGACACCUCUUACGAUGAUUCAGAUAUACUCAACUCCACAGCAGCUGAUGAGGUAACAGCCCAUCUGGCUGCUGCAGGUCCUGUGGGAAUGGCUGCCGCUGCUGCUGUGGCAACAGGAAAGAAACGGAAACGGCCUCACGUGUUUGAGUCUAAUCCAUCUAUCCGGAAAAGGCAGCAAACACGUUUGCUUCGGAAACUUCGAGCCACAUUAGAUGAAUAUACUACUCGAGUGGGACAGCAAGCUAUAGUCCUCUGUAUCUCACCCUCUAAACCCAACCCUGUCUUUAAAGUGUUUGGUGCAGCACCUUUGGAGAAUGUGGUGCGUAAGUACAAGAGUAUGAUCCUGGAAGACCUGGAGUCUGCUUUGGCGGAACACGCCCCUGCGCCACAGGAGGUUAACUCAGAACUGCCACCUCUUACCAUCGAUGGAAUUCCAGUCUCUGUGGACAAAAUGACCCAGGCCCAGCUGCGGGCAUUUAUCCCAGAGAUGCUCAAGUACUCCACGGGUCGGGGAAAACCAGGCUGGGGGAAAGAAAGCUGCAAGCCCAUUUGGUGGCCUGAAGAUAUUCCAUGGGCAAAUGUCCGGAGCGACGUUCGCACAGAAGAACAAAAGCAGCGGGUUUCAUGGACCCAGGCACUACGGACCAUAGUUAAAAACUGUUACAAACAGCAUGGGCGAGAAGAUCUUUUGUAUGCUUUUGAAGAUCAGCAAACACAAACACAGGCCACAACUACACACAGUAUAGCCCAUCUUGUACCGUCACAGACUGUAGUCCAGACUUUUAGUAACCCUGAUGGCACUGUCUCACUUAUCCAGGUUGGUACAGGGGCAACAGUAGCCACAUUGGCUGAUGCUUCAGAAUUACCAACCACAGUCACUGUUGCCCAAGUGAACUAUUCUGCUGUGGCCGAUGGAGAGGUGGAACAAAAUUGGGCCACGUUACAGGGAGGUGAGAUGACCAUCCAGACAACGCAAGCAUCAGAGGCCACCCAGGCGGUGGCAUCAUUGGCAGAGGCCGCAGUGGCAGCUUCUCAGGAGAUGCAACAGGGAGCUACAGUCACCAUGGCACUUAACAGCGAAGCUGCUGCCCAUGCUGUCGCCACCCUGGCUGAGGCCACCUUACAAGGUGGGGGACAGAUCGUCUUGUCUGGGGAAACCGCAGCAGCCGUCGGAGCACUUACAGGAGUCCAAGAUGCUAAUGCCCUUCAUUGGGGUCCCCGAGAGAGGUUGGAGAUUGCAUCUUUCUGUAUUGUCCAACACUGAAGACUCAGAAACCACCCAUUACCUAUGCUGUCCUGCUUAAGACCUGGGGUCUCAACCUUCCUUCCUCGUGCCCUGAAUGAAGGGAAAUGGACUGGGGGAUGUUUAAAAAUUAAAGGUGAUGACAAGGCAUUAACAUUACACUUAGAGAAAGAGCAGCCCUUCUCAUUUAUCUCCAGUGCAAUAUGUUCUUCCUGCUCUGGUCUGACCCUGGCAACAAUCUUGCCACUGAAGUUCUCUCUUAAGAUGUAAAAUUUUGUAAAACAGAAAGACCUCACUCAGACUUGCUGUACUGUAAAACAAAUGCACAUUCUACUACUCACACCAACUGCCAAAUUAAACUAAAUCAAUUUAGAAAUACCUUUAGAAAAAAAUUCUAUCUUCUCUUCACAUUAAACAUGUCUUCACCUUUUCACAUCUGUUUUUCUUUGACCUUGUUAAAAACUUUUUAAAAUAUAUGUUUCUCCAGUUGAAUUUAAUGUCGACUAUCCUCAUUAGAAUAGCUUCUUAGUAAUUAAUAUUUUUAGCAAGAGGGGUAACAGAGAAGAUGGGUGAGGACAAACGUGAGGUCCAGAUAAGGGAGCAGGAUUCUUGGGUGUGGUCCUUGCAUGAGAGAUUAGAACACAACAGUUCUAAUCUUCAAGGUCUCCCAGGUGAGGCAGGAUAGCUGUAGGCCUGUUUUAUAACAAUUAUAAAGAGGUAAGCCCAGCUGGACCCAAAGGAGUCAAUAUGUGUGCAAUUUUCUAUAAAAACCUUCUUUAUAUGUAUUGUAACAACAUUAGGGCAUUCUUAACCUAGGGUCUGUGGACCCUGAGAAAUGCUAUAUAAAAUUAUUUGUCUUUUUCUAGGAUCCAUAGUUUGGAUCAGAUGUGUAACUAGAUAAGAGGCACUCUCCCUCCACUGCCCAUCUCCACCCCAGAAAAAAAGGUUAAGAACCUCUGCCGUAGAAAGUGAUGGCAAAGGUCAUUUAAUUUUGUAGCUACCUGGUAUUGAGCUGAGAGGGGCAAGGGAGAUAGGAGGACCCGCAGGAGCUGGUUGCUCUAAAAGCUGCAUCACUGACAAGCUCUGUAAUCUUAGGCAAGCAAAUUAACCUCUCUAAACCUUAGCUAUAAAAUUAGGGUAAAGAUAGUUCUGUGCUCAUAAAAUAGUUGUGAGCAUCACACAAGAUGAUUCCUGUCCAGGGUUUAGCAAAGUGCCUAGCACAUAGAUACAUCAUAAACAUGAAAUUAUUAUUAGCUGUCAACACCAAUUUCUUCUCUGUCAUUCCUCAAAAAUUUAUUAAGUUGUACUGAGUGCUCAGUACUGUUGUGGACCCUGCUUUCCUGCCUUUAAGACAGAUCCAAAUGCUUGCCUUAUGCAGGUGAAGGAUUUAUGUUCCGGAGGUAGAUACUGUUAAAAUGGGAAUAGAUCAGAAGACCUUUCUGUAACCUUGAUUCAAGGAAAUACAAGGUUAUAUUGUUUAAAGGUUCUCACUUUUGGUUUUAUCACUGUCCUUGGUCUAGGGCUGCUAUCCUCUUCUAGUACAUAGUUCGCAGUAAUUAGGGUGGCCUUUUUACUCCUAAAAUGGCAUAGUCUGUCUUCAGAUCUUAACUGCAUUGUAUUUUUAACUUCCCUUGUGAAGGAUGACUUUUUUCACUUUUUGCUUAUCACCAUCACCCGUUGUUACUUAUUGCAUGUCCUUCUGUUCUAUCUCUUCUUUAAAUAUAAGAAAUAAAGUGCCAGUCCUCACCUAGAGAAACUAUAAAAUACAUCUCUCAUUCUACCUUUUUCUGUGUUCCUCAUUCUCUGGACACAUCCACAUAGGGACUUUUUCUCAGAUGAGUCAGUUGAGAUGUAAAUGUUAAAUUAACUUAGGAAAUAUGUCAAUGUUGCUCACCAAAAAGUUUGCUGAUGUGCUAUUCUGGUGUGUACUAAAUCAUUUUUUGCCUCAGUAUUUUAAUUAAAGUUUAAAUAAAUAAAUGUGUUAAAUAAAGUUUUAUUGUAAGAAUGCAUUUUCAGUCACUGUGAAGCAAAGAAACAGCUUUAAAAGUGCUAUUGAACCCUAUGAUACUAUUUGUACCUUUAAUUCAAAGAUGGUAAGUUCAGUGUCUCCAGGACUUAAGCAGGCAGCCCAUAAGCAACUGUUUUUUGUGUGAGCUGUGAGUCCCCUGAUCUGAGCCUCCCAUCUUCAAGGUCCCUAAAGAGCAGCACAUAUGGUAGCUGUGGGUUUUUGGACCACUCUCCUGACGGUAAAUGGCCCUCUUUUCCACCGACCCCUUUGUUGAUAAGGUGACUUGAAAGAAAAUGAAGACACUAGGAUGGUCUCAGUCAGACCAAGCCGAGGCCUUGCCUGCUCCAUAAGAAAAAGCAAAUGGAGACUCGUUCGUAUUAUAACUGUUUCCCCCUUGCAAUCAUAGGUCUUUUUUAAAUGGAGGGAGAGGGCAGCAUACUCCUAGACCUGAAAAGAUUACUUCCUCUAAGAAACAACAUGAGGAGAGCUGUGAGCUGUGGCAGAAAGAAGUGGAGUGGGGAGAGUACAUGAGCAGGGCCUGCAACUCAGCUGAGCAGGGACUAGCUGCUGUGCUGGGGCCAGCAGUAGUGUAUGGAGUGUGGAGCACUGCCUAGGGACAGCGCUGCUUCAGUGUCCUCCGCCUGCCCCUCUGGGAGACAGCCCUUCUCUGCAGACAGGGUUUUUCCGAUUUAUGUGUACCAUCGCCCAGUAAAGUGGGUGGGACAGAUCUCAUGAGCCCUGUUCUGAAGAGGCACCUAAAGCUGGGACUUGCCCAAGGUCAGUCAGCUAAUAAAUGGUGAAAGUGGGAAUCAAACCCUGAUCUCCAGUACACUUCUACUGCCUGUUGUAGGCUCCCUUCUUUCCCUUCAUUCCCUCUUGCCACCCUGUCCAACCUGGCA